AUGAAAUCAAACCAAAGAUGGCUGAAACUCAGGACCACCGUUCAGCUCUCGGGCGCCCUCUCCUCGUCCAUGAACCGGGCCAAACCACCGCUCAAGCGAGAGGACUCCUUCAUCAAGAGGUUCUCCACACGACAGAUAGCCGAGCUUCAGGACACCGUCGACCAGACAGAUGAGGAGGACGUUAGUAAAAAUUCCACCGGAUCUCCAAAGAUUCGAAAAAAGAAGAAGCAGCGGCAACCAAGAACAGUUAUCAAUCCGUAUGGAAACGUUUUCUUCUAUUGGUUGUGUAGCCUAACUAUCUGCGUCCUGUAUAACCUGUGGACGCCCAUAGUGAGACAAGCCUUUCCGGAGCUUCAGAGGAAACCGCAGCCCAUGUGGUACCUGCUCGACGGGCUAACCGAUAUCGUGUUCGUGGUGGACAUCUUCGUACAGUUUCGGACGGGCUAUCUAGAACAAGGUCUUAUAGUGUACGACUUUAAGAAGCUGGCAAGACACUACAUGCAGUCCAAAAGUUUUAUGCUGGAUAUAGUGUCACUUAUACCUUUAGAUUUUUUACAAAUAGUGCUCGGUCCGCAGCCGUUAAUAAGAUUUCCAAGAUUCAUCAAGGUUUACCGUGUCUAUAACUACUACUACAUGGUAGAAUCGAGGACACUCUACCCCAACAUGUGGCGUGUCGUCAAUCUCAUUCACAUCCUGCUUCUCCUCGCUCACUGGUUCGGCUGUUUCUAUUACAUGUUAUCGGAGGCUGAGCAGUUCGUAGGGGAGUGGACCUACCCUUAUGACAGUAGUCCUGAUUUUCAAACGUUAUCAAGAAUGUAUCUGGGAUCGGUAUACUGGUCAACGCUCACCCUCACUACUAUAGGGGACCUGCCGACGCCGGAGACAAACAGGCAACUUUAUAAAGAAAGCGAAUUAGUCUUUAGGAUUUCUGGCGUCAACGAUAAUGCUGCAGCGGGAGGUCAAGCCAGGGUUGCCAUGGUGACAAAGGUAAAGGAUGCAAUUGCAGGAACUUCGGCCGCCCGAGGCAGUAAGUACCACCGCACACACCCAUGUGAGUCAGUGAGUCAGACAGAGAGUAACUCCCGGCCCGUGUGCAGGGUCCUUAACCUGAGCCGGCAGAGCUGGGGUCCGCAUCCGCAGCCCCUGGUGCACCCCAGCUUCCCCCGGGCGGGCCCCUACGGCGACCAGGUAAAGGAGGGCCGCUUGCACGCCGGCCCGACGAGUCCGGACCCUGACCCGGGGGGCACCGCCCUCGGGCCCGCCCCUAAGCUCACUGCCGCCCACUCGUCACCUCGUCCCCGACCAACUGACGGUGGCGGUGAUGGUGACGAUGACGAUGACGAUGAUGCUCGAGGCGUGAGCCCGGCCCGCCCUCACCCGUUCCGAUCCAGUCCGCCCACCAGCGGCCAGCCCAGCCCCGACGGCCCGGGCGGCGGCAAGGGGGGGGAGCCUGAGCCCCCCAAGCCGGGGGGGCCGCGCGCCCUGCCCCGCCGCGGACUCAAGUCUCGCCUCCUGAGGAUCAAAACCAACGCCGGAUAUAUUUUUACCAUAGUUAGCUACCUGAUAGGAGUCUUCAUCUUCGCUACUAUAGUCGGUCAAGUAGGCAACGUUAUAACGAAUCGCAAUGCAAACAGAUUGGAGUUCGAGAGAUUAUUGGACGGAGCCAAGCUGUAUAUGCGGCAUCACAAGGUUCCAAGAGCGAUGCAAAGACGUGUACAACGAUGGUAUGAUUAUUCGUGGUCUCGGGGAAGGAUACAAGGCGGCGGGGACAUCAACACCGCCCUGGGCCUCCUGCCGGACAAACUCAAGACGGAGCUGGCCCUUCACGUCAACCUCCUCACACUCAAGAAGGUGAGCAUCUUCAAGGAGUGUCAGCCUGAGUUUCUCCACGACCUGGUGCUCAAAAUGAAAGCCUACAUCUUCACUCCGGGCGAUCUCAUCUGUCGCAAGGGAGAAGUCGCCAGGGAAAUGUUCAUCAUCGCCGACGGCAUCUUAGAAGUGAUAAGCGAAACGGGGAAAGUUCUCACCACAAUGAAGGCAGGCGAUUUCUUCGGAGAAAUUGGAAUCCUUAACUUAGACGGUCUGAACAAGCGAACGGCAGACGUCCGGUCAGUGGGUUACUCGGAGCUGUUCAGCCUCUCGCGAGAAGACGUCCUCAUGGCCAUGAAGGACUACCCGGAGGCCCAGGAAAUCCUCCAAAGCCUGGGGCGCAAGAGGCUGAUGGAGGCGCGCCACCAAGCCUCCAAGUCGGGCUCCUCGGGCUCCAGCAAGCGAGGGACGCCUUCGCCCAACAAGGAGAGUGGCCUCGAGGACAAGAACGCCAAGAAGAUCGUGAGUCGCCUGCGCUCCGACGUGACCGCCAUCAGGAACGCCUUCAGGAGGAGUAAAGGGACCACCAGGUACACGGAGACAUUGGAACAAGACCAUAUUACAGAGCGCUCAACGCUGAUGGAACCUAGUGUGAGAGAAAUAGAGAACUUGAGCUGGAUAUACUCCUACGCCCUCGACUUCCACAGGACUCGGGACAAUGAGACCCUCGAACUGGAGCCGCUAACGGCAGAACACCGCGCAAGCCUGGAGGACGAGGCGCCCGUCAAGCGUAUACUGAAACUCUCGUACAGACUGACAACAGAACAACACGCUCUUUGCAGCUCUUUUGUAACAGCCACAGUACUCUCACUUGUGGUGGAGGCUUCUAGGGUGAAUGGCUUUACUCCAAUAUCCUUUGCGAUAGUGACACCCAAGCCAAAAGCGGCACUCUACUCGACUCGACAAGCGUGUGUCCUUCAGACACCCAAGUCAAAAGAGACAGUCAACUCGAGCCAGCAAGCGGGUGUCAUUCAGGUACAGAAGUCUUGCUUAGAGCUUUUAGAAGAAGCUUUAGUCUUCCUACAAAUGGACCUGUUAUUUUGUAAUAGACUAGAGGGCUUGAGGAUCAGCGGCCGCAGCGGCAGCGACUCCUCGACGGGGACGCGGGGCGUGCUCAAGCGGAUGGCCAGGGUCACCAGCGACGAGGUCACGCAGGCUGUGAGUCCGGGGCGGGUGCCGUCCAACGAGGAGCCGCAGGGCGUGCUGGGGGCGGGCCUGCCCCUCCUGCAGCGCCUCAAGCUCCUCAAGGAAAAGGAGGAGAGGGAGGAGAAGGAGAGACAGAAGAAGCCUCCGGAACCAGAGAAAAAGGAGCCAGAAAAGGAGCCGCAGGUCAUCGGGGCGGGGCUUCCGCUCUUCGCCCGCCUCAGGCUCUUGCAAGCUAAGGAAGAACACACAUUUUGUAAUAGACUAGAGGGCUUGAGGAUGGAGCGGAUAGAGAAGGAGGAGAGGGAGAAGGCCGAGGAGGAUGGCAGCCAGCCGCCCCAGGAAGGCGCCAAGGAAGACCAUCCCCCGAAGCCGCAGCCGGAGAGACAGGUCAGCGUCGACAAGGAGGGCGCCAAGCCGAGCGAGGCCAAGCCCGAGGUCGUGGAGGCCAAGCCGCGGCCGGGCGGCCUCCUGAAGGGAAGACUCCGGGCGGCGGUGCUGACCAAGGCGCCGCCGCCGACGCUCCCGAUCAUGGAGGUGACGCCGUCGGGAGAGGCCGCCCCGCCGCCGGUGUCGGCCGACAAGGCCAAGGCCCCGUCGCCGACCGCAGAGGAGAAGGAGAAGGCCGACGCGGCAGCCAAGCCGACGGUCAUCAAUGACCUGAACAAAGGUGUCGAGAAAAAGUCUCCCGAAGGUGAGAACGGAGAUAGGUUAGGUAGUGAGAAACCCCUAGAAUCAAAGGACAUUCACGCGAACAGUAACAGCGUGCAGGGCGGCCAGGCUUUGGAAAGAGCUUUCGGAAAACUUUUAUCGAAAAAGCUAAACACUGCCCCCAAGGAACGGACCAGUCCGACUGUGAUAGAGAACCCGGUAGACGAUGGACUAAAGGUGCAAAAUACAACGAGCAAAGAAAAGAUAAGUCGAAGUGAUAGUUUUAAGCGCGCCAUGGACGAGGGCCUCAUACGGAGCACGGAGGAGCCGGACCUGAACAUCAAGCCGUGCGAGGAGCCGCGCGAGGCCGAGGCGGCUGCCGCAGAGAGCGAGGCCGACGCCCCGACGCCGGACGCCGCCGACAAGAAGGCCGGGGAGAGCCAGAGCGAGAACGAGGCGUCGCCGCAGAGCGAGACCAAGGAGAUCGCGGAGGAGCAGGCGCUCGAGGCCGAGAAGAAGCUGGAGGCGGAGGGCAAGGAGCGGCUGGAGCGGCUCAUCAGGCGGUGUGGCAGCGAGCGGAGGAGGAGCAGCUCGCCCAAGCUCGCCCGCACACUGACAUCUCGCCAGCACCACAGGGUCGACUCCCUCAAGGUACCAAGCGACGACGUCUCCCCCCCACUGUCCUCUCCCGAGAGCACCGAGACGCCGGAGAGAAAGUCUUUGAAAAGUAUAUUAAAACGCAUGUCUCGGGAGGACUCCAGAGGAAACCUAUUGCCCCCUGAUGGUGCUGAUCUCCGGAAACUCAUGAAAGCUCCGACGGUGGAAGGCUUUGUCGCCAGAAGAUCAAAGCUCAGUAAAUCCGUGUCGUUCCAGCGGAAGACCCUCGCCUCGCCGCCGCCGCCAGCUCUUCUGGACGAACUAAAGAGCUCGCAAGUUGACGGCUCUGGCAACGGGGCUCCCCUUAUUACCUCUGUGUUGCCUUCAGUUCCGUCUAAAGAGUCAGCGAAGGAGAGUCGAAGCGCGACCACGGACGGAGUCAACAAACUUAUGGCAAAACUUGGUUCCAUGGGGCUGGACGGGUCCCCGGAUACUCAGACUCAGGACCUAGUCUUAGGUGUCAGAAAGAUUCUGAGAGACAAAAUGGACGACGUAGAAGUUGCUUGGGUACAGCGGGUGGAAGAACUUCAGCAGCAGGUGGCGGCGAGGGACGCGACCAUCCGGCACCUGACCCACACCAUCUCGCGGCUCCAGGCGAGCGUGGGGGUAGAGCCCAGGAUAGCCGAGGGCAGCCUUCCCGCCGGAGAACUGGUUCCGUGCCCCUCCAUUAUUAGGUCGUCCUCGUCAGAUGCCAGCACGGACGGGUCGGACGAUGACGAGCCCCUCUUCAUGAGCCAUUCGGGAGUAGGCAGAGCCAAGCGCCUGACCCCUAAACAGCCAUCAAAUGAAGGCUGGACGAUUCGCGACGCCUUAUCGGAAUUUAGUUUGGGUAAAGACCGAAAGGGCCUGAUCAGCCAGACGGCGAAGUUGACAGAUGCUGAGGGAGACAUUGCCGAUUUCAUGCAGUCUGGGGAUCGCUGCAGCUCAUUUAUUGUUCCUUUGUCUGGAAGUCUACCAACACAUUGCCCGGAGAUGUCUUGCUGA